AUGAUGGCAGUCGCUGUGCGCGCUUCGUGGAGAGGAGCCGCGGAGGUCCCAAGGCGGCUGCUGCCAUCGCAUCGCCAUGCGACAGCUGCCGUGUCGGCGGCCUUAGCGCUUUUGCCCACAGCUCCUGGCCGCCCGUUCUUCUCGCUCUCCGCCUGCCCCACCCAAUCAACGUCCGACAUCUGUCCUUCAGCCGCGUCGCCUUCAGCCGCCGCGUCCUCCGCCAGCCCCGCCAGUUCCGCCAGGCGCGUGCCGUUCUCCCCCGUCCCCCGCGUGGCCGCGAUUGGCGGCGACGUGGACGUGCACGGCGCGGCGUUCCGACUGCGAGAGAAGGCGAUGGAGCGAUUGCUGGGCGAGCUGCGACAGGCGACGGACACGGUACGUCGCACAGCAGUCAGGCGACACGCACGAUGCGUCGCUCAGCAGUCAGGCGACACGCACGGUACGUCGCUCAGCAGUCAGGCGACACGCACUGUACGUCGCACACACAUAGCUGCGAGGGCAGGGGAGGGUGGGCGUGGCGAGGGCGGGCAAAUGGGCGGAGGUGGGAAGAUGCAAGCGGGUGGUGGUGGUGGAGUGCUACAGGGGGGUGGUCCCAAGGCGGUGCAGCGGCAGCACAGCCGCGGCAAGCUGCUGCCCCGCGAGCGAAUCGACCGCCUGCUCGACCCCGCCUCGCCCUUCCUCGAACUCUCCCAGGCCUCACUCCAUCUCCCCAUAUCUCCUCCUCAACAUCCCCACCUCUCCCCCACUCUCUGCGCCCACCACUCCCCACCUCGGCCUCACACCUCUUCCCAUCACGCACAGCUGGCGGGCAUGGGCAUGUAUGGAGAGGAGGAGGUGCCGGGGGGGGGCAUCGUGACAGGGCUAGGGCGCGUGGGCGGGCGGGUGAGUGUGAUAGUGGCGAACGACGCUACAGUGAAGGGCGGCACGUACUACCCCAUCACAGUCAAGAAGCACCUCAGGGUGCAGGAGAUCGCUGCUCAGUGCCGCCUGCCCUGCAUCUACCUCGUUGACAGUGGAGGCGCCAACCUGCCACGGCAGGCGGAUGUGUUUCCCGACCGCGACCACUUCGGGCGCAUCUUCUUCAACCAGGUGCCGCAACCCCUUCCUUCCAUGCUCUGCCCACCCUUUUAUCUCCUGCACCACGCACCCCGCCUUCCACACUUCCACGCUCUCCCCUCUCCACCCAUCGUCCCGCCACUCUCCCUCCCAUUCCCGCAGGCGCGCAUGUCACGGGACGGCAUACCGCAGAUCGCAGUGGUGAUGGGCAGCUGCACGGCAGGGGGGGCGUAUGUGCCAGCCAUGGCGGACGAGAGCAUCAUCGUGCACCGUCAGGGUACCAUCUUCCUGGGGGGGCCGCCGCUUGUCAAGGUGCGCCUCUUGUGA